CGAGCAGCUAUGCGGCAGAACAGGCUGUCGGAUUAAGGAGUCUCCAGCGAAACCCGUGCCGAGGACAUCAGAGGACACCAGCUGAGCCGGGGAGUGAGUGAGCUGGGUGGUGCUGAGCAGAGCUGCCCGUAGCCUCCCGGGCACAGGGUGCCGGUGCUGCCACCCGCCUCUGCAGCUGCGCCUCUGCCUGCGCCUCUGCCUGCCCUGCCUGCGCCUCUGCCUGCCCUGCCUGCACCACACUGGCUCGGAGCAAAGCUGCUCUGGCAGGGCUGCGAGAAAGCACGGCACGCAGGGCCCCGGCUGCUUCGGGUCAGAACGUGAAGCUGGUUUAGGGGCUCGGCUGUGCUGUGACCCCAGCCUGGAGCAGCAGCCGACCUGCCUUGCGUGGGGGCGAGAUGAGUUUCUCUUGCCCCGGUGCAGCAGGCUGCAGGUGAGGGGCCGGGGGCUCGCCCGCAAGCACGUACCUGCCGAGCACCCACCUGCCGAGCACCCGCAACAGCCUUAUCUCUGCCGGGGAGAGGAGUUAAUGUGUAACCCGGCUCUGUUUGGUUAGCCCAGAAAACCAAAGAAUUCCUGGGAUAGGCACGUCCGGAACAAGGAUUUGGGCAGCGUAGAACAACAGACGUCCUGCCGGGAUAUUGCCCCCCGCCGCACCGGACACCGCGGCAGCCCGUGAUAUGCCUAAGAAGGAGCUGGGGCUGGGGAUGGCUGGCUGCAACUCUGGCAGCUGCGACAGCAUGGUCAGCACGGCUUCCAACCACUCGCAGCGCAGUGAUAACAGUUAUGACUACUUAUCUGUGGAAGAGAAAGAGUGUUUGAUGUUCUUAGAAGAAACUAUUGGCUCACUGGAUGCAGAAGCAGACAGCGGGGUCUCUACCGAUGAGACCGACUACGUGGAGCCCUCCAAGCUGCCUGGGACAUGGUCCAAGAGAGACUCCGGUCCCCGGGAUUUGGAAAAUGGGGCUCCCUCUCUGAGUGUAGGUCAGCAGCACGCAGCCGAACAGAAGAGUGGCAAGAACAUCUCUGCCCUUUCAAACCCAGUUCCAGCAGCGGUUCCAAGCCCAGGCUAUUACAGUCUUCCAAGGAGCAUCACCAUAGCAAACACACAAAGAGCAAACGGAGCUUCUGACAGCAAAGCGACUGUCCGCGCAGUGGAGGACCUGGUGCCAGUAGGUAAAUAUUCACAGGAGAUGGCCAAGGAGGACGGGCUUGACCAAGCCAACACAAGAAGCCAGAUGAAGUCCCUGGGAUCUUUGAUUAUCCAGCCUCCAGAUCCCUUCCAGGAUGACCUGGUGAGCCAUGAGUGGUCACGUAGCAAUCGCUCAGAUGCCAAGAGGGAAACAGCCAAAGAGACCAAGACCUGGACUUCAUGGGGCCAGCCAGAGAAAUCCCUGUUGGAAGUGGCCCCUCAGGACCCAGAUGCCAAGCGUGGGCCUCCAACUGCCCCCAAACCACGGAAAUUGCCGCCAAAUAUUAUCCUGAAAACCAGCAAAAACAGCCCAGUGCCACUUGCCAUGGAGCCCAGCCAGAAGGUAAAAGCACCACCAUCAUCCUCAGCUGGCUCUCAGCCCGGCUCUCCCAGUGACAUCGCUGCUGAAAAGGCAAAUUCGGGGCACCUCGACCCCAAGGAGAGGGAGAAAGCCCGGCGGGAGGCAUUGGAGAAGCUUGGACUGUCGCAUGACAGGAAGGAGCCCAGCACCCACCUUCAACCUACCACGCAUCUCCAACCAAGAGAGAUGCUGUUCCCCGUCCCUGGGGAGCCCGAGGCACGCUGCGGGGCAGCGGAGAGGUCGGCACCUGGUAUCCGGCAGAUGAACUUCAAAUCCAACACCCUGGAGCGUUCCGGUGUGGGGCUGAGCAGCUACAUGGCCAGCACCAAGGAGCAGAGCGUCAAGACCAGCAGCUCCCUGGGCAAGAUGUCCUUCAUCGAGCGGCUCGCCCCGAGCUUCCUCAGGAGCAGCCGCCCCCGGCCAGCAUCCCUCGGGGCAGGGAAGGACUUUGCUGGUCUGAAGGAGUCUGGGCAGGUGGAGCAGGAGAAGAGCAGCAAGCGGCGAUCCCACCCGCUGCAGAACUUCCCCAGGCCCUCCCGCUCCUGUGUCAGCGUGACGAUUUCCCCCAAGGGCACGACUGAUGAGAACCGGCGAGAGGCACUGAAGAAGCUCGGUCUGCUGAAGGAAUAGUUCUGCGGGUGGCAGGGCUGCUGGAAAAAGGGCUUUUCAUCCUGUUCCCAGGUGCCUUCGCUGCUUCUCCUCGGUCAGCACAACCACAAGCAUCUUCUGCUGUGAUCUGCCCCAGCAUCUUGGGAGCAGUUCCACAAGAGAUACUCGGAGCUUCACGCCAAAUAAAGUAACACCACGUGUACAUAAUAUUUUGUAUAUAGCAAGUGUAUAUGAGCUAUUUAUAUAAAGCAUCACUCAGCAUGCAGAUGUGGCAUAUUCUCCCACAAGGUCUCUAAUGCAUUUGGGGAUUCAUCGCAACAGGGAAGCCAUGGAAUUGGGGGUUUGGCUUAGUUUUAAAAGGCGUUGCCUGUGGAUAAAGACUCUCUGGGAAGAACUGCAGGACCCUGCUGCUGCUUUAGGAAUUUAUGGGAUUUUAUUAACUUUCUCCAAAGCCUCUGAUGCCUGAGCGCUCACCUGCCCUGUGCAAGUGCCUCCCAAAAACCGUACCUGCUACAUACAAACCUGUCAGACCAAGGGGCACCCGAGGGGCUCAGCAACGCUCCCCCGUGCACGAGUGCUCCUCGCGCAGCGCCUGCAGGCGAGGGGCCGGAUGGCUGCACAGAUGUCCCGCUGCCUCCUCUGCUAGCCUGCUCUCCCUGACAAGCUGGAUACCACUUAAAAGUCAGACACGCAAGCAUCCACGUUCAUCGCGAAGUGACGGUUAAGAAGUGACAGACUGUGUUGGUGGCAGAGCCAGAAGUGCUGCCCAAAAUGAGAGAUAUCCAAGCCUGAGACAACGCCGUUUCAUUCCCUUUCAAACUCUCUUUGCAUCUUUCAGACCCAGCUGAUGCUGUCAACGUUUAUGCUGCGCACCUUUUAUAACAAAGGUGGUUUAUUUCUGUAAUAAACUUGUGUAUAAUGAGCAAA